AUGUCCUGGUUAUCUAACGAUGAUUCAACUUCAAAAUUGAAGGAAACCUUGGGGUUUGAUCCUUCAUCUAUUCAAUUACCAACAUCAGCCAACAGUGGUAUUAGUGGUUUAAAUAUCAGCCAUCCCUUAUACGGUUUGGAUAAAGGAAUCGAGUAUUUAGAUUUAGAUGACGAGAAGUUAUCAACGGUUCAAGGUUCUCAAGGUAUUAUUCCAUCUAGAGGUUGGUCAGAUGAUUUGUGUUACGGGACUGGGUCAGUAUACCUUCUAGGGUUGGGUUUCGGUGGGGCCAUGGGUUUGAUCGAUGGUCUUUCAAGUAUUAAUAGAAAUUAUUCCGGUAAGUUGAAAUUGAAUACUAUUUUAAAUUCUAUCACAAAGAGAGGUCCUCACUGGGGGAAUAAUGCAGGUGUGCUAGCAAUGACUUAUAAUUUAAUUAAUUCUUCUUUAGAUUCUUAUAGAGGUAAGCAUGAUUCGAUGGGUUCCGUUGUUUCAGGUGCAUUAACAGGGGCAAUUUUUAAAUCAUCGAAAGGUGUGAAGCCAAUGGUUAUUGCAUCGGGGUUGACUGCAGGUGCUGCUGGUUUAUGGUGUGGUGUUAAAAAACAGAUCCUAGAAUAG